AUGCUCGGACUGCGUGAGAGGCUGAGUUUCGCGGUGCUCGCGGCCGCCGCGCUGGUGUCGGUGCGCUCGUCCCCGGUGGUCGGACCCGAGCCCAUCCGCUGCGCGCCCUGCGCGGAGCCGAGCGACUGUCCCGCGGUGCCCGCGGGGUGCGCGCAGGUGCUGCGCGAGCCCGGCUGCGGCUGCUGCAUGGCCUGCGCCCUGGAGAAGGGGGCCUCGUGCGGGGUCCACACGGCGCACUGCGGGGCGGGCCUCCGCUGCAGCCCCCGGCCCGGGGAGGCCCGGCCGCUGCACGCGCUGACCCGGGGCCAGGGGGUCUGCACCGAGGACCAGGACCAAGAAGAAACUGAUGCGGUCCUUGAUCAGGGCUCCCUGCACUUCCUGUUUGGUGUGAACCUUCCUCCUGACCAGCAAGACACUGCCGAGGGUCAGGAGAGCAUCAAAGCCAAGGUCAACGCCAUCCGCAGCAAACUGGUGCAGCAGGGUCCCUGUCACAUUGAGCUGCACACGGCGCUGGACCAGAUCGCCACCUCACAACAGAAACUUGGAGACAAGUUCACGACCUUCUACCUCCCCAACUGCGACAAGCACGGCUUCUACAAGGCCAAGCAGUGUGAGUCAUCUCUGGUGGGGCCGCCCGCCCGCUGCUGGUGCGUCUCCUCCUGGAACGGGAAGAGGCUCCCGGGGUCCAGCGACCUGGUCGGUGACUCAGAGUGUCAUCAGGAAGUCACUCACUAG